AUGAUCGAACAGCUUUCAUCAGAUUAUUUCCGUACAAUAUUAGAAUACAUUGAUCUAUUCAGUUAUGCAACUUUCCAACAAGUAUCAAAAGCUUUUUAUUUAUAUUCUGUAAAAUGUAUGCCUUUACACAUUGCUUGCUGUAAGGCAUUUGCUUUGGUUCUCACUAAAGAGGAAUAUUUGGAUUUAUCGGAUGAAAUCAAGAGGAAUACAACAUUCAAUAAGAAUUUAUUAUUGAAUCCGAAGAAUAUGAAACUCUUACUGAAUCAUGUCAAACUCUUUACAAAAGAUGAAAUUCUUUAUUAUACUCACUAUGCAAUAGUUGCUGAUUAUCUCACUUCAUCUCGUAAUCCUGAGAAUACUAUUUCAAUAGCUAUUGAACAUGUACCAAUACUUAAAAGUAGAACCAUUUCAAAAAUUGAUUCACGAUUAAUUGAUAUGGGCAUGUAUGAAAAGUUACAGAAUUUGUAUGAUUUGAAUGUCUUGUGUAAAUCAUCUCUUGAGAUUCGUUCUAAAGCUAUUAGAUCGAACAUUUAUCUGAAAAUGUGGUUUCAUUCCUUACCAAUUUCCAAAUAUGUAAUAUCUGAGAGUGAUUUCAAAUCACUAGAUGAGGAUGAUAAGCAAAAUGAAAUGCUUAUUAGUCACCUUUUCAAGAAGCAACGGUUCUCACUGGAUUUCCCACCAUCGUUUUUGAAUUGUGGAAGAAUUGUGCAAAGACGAUUACUUGCUGCGCAUCCUAAAUUCUUAACUAGUGUCAGAGAAAGUAUUUCCAAUGAUUUUCUGGUAGUAAAAGAGCUACUUAAAACAAGUAAUGGAAGCUAUGCAAAACUUUCUCCUAAAACAAGGCAAGAUGCAAGAGUUGUAACAGUGUUGGCUUUGAAUUGCAAGAAUUAUGACACUUUUGUGGAUAUUUUGAAAAAAGGAUCGAAAAGUAUACUUGAUCUACUUGUAAAAUUAUUAGAGGAUAGAAAUUUAAUAGAGAAACUAAUUUCAGAUCAAAAAUAUCAAAAUUAUUACAAGAUUAUCAAAUAUUCACAAGAUUUGGCACUUUACAAAUUUGCUUUACACAAAAAUAUGAAAGCAGAAGUAGCAGAAUAUAUUGUUUCAAAUCUUGAUCAAAAAUCCAUCGACAGUGACAAGAAGUUCUUAAUGGAUAUUCUUAAAUUGACACUACCAAAAAAGAUUGCUGAGAGUCAAUAUUUCAAUGAGAAACAAGUAUUAUUAUUAAUACUCAAACAUAGAAACUCCAAGACAAUUCUAUCAAAUAUUUCAGAUGAAAAUUUCAAAGAUGUUGACAUUUGCAAUGCUAUUUUCAAUUUGGACAUUCAACUUUUCCCAUUAGUUCACAAUAGUAUAGGAAAUAAUUCUGAACUUUGUUUGAAAGUAUGCACAUUUAACCCUUUAUGGUUUUCUUUAAUAUCAGAUAAGUUAAAGUCAGAUGCUAUGUUCGUACAGAAGUUGUGCAAUGUACUAAUCAAUCGUAAAAGUUAUCCAACAUUUUUAAAUGAGAUAGAUCAGAAACUGAGGAAUAAUCCAGAUUUUUGGAGUAAUUUACCUUAUGAAGAGGCAUUUUACUUUCUUCCUUCGGAUAUUAUCUUCAGCGUGAAGCAGUGGAUAGCAAUAUGCAAAGAAAACAUCAAACUAUUGAGAUUCAUGUCAAGGGAAACUUCCUCUCAAACAAUUCUUGAUUUACACAAGAAACUAUUUCCAGCAAACACAAACAAAGGGGAACUAAUUGAUAAGGCAGCAAGGAUGAGAGAGUUUUGGAGCUAUCUUCCCACACAGCUCGUGAAUAUGAAGACCUUUAUGGAAUGGAUUAAUGUUCACCCAUUUAUUUUUAUUGGAUGUCCAUUUAAUGAUGAUGAUGAAAUUGUCAAGUUGGCUGUUUCCAAAUUGAACGGGAAUGUUUUAUUUGUUUCUGCCAGACUUGCUAUUUCAGAACCGUACAUUAAAAUGUAUUCCCAACAAUUGGACAAAACCAAAAUGCAGAUCAAGCAACCAUUAAUCACAUCUGAAACAAUCUCCUUAAUGAUAGCUAAAAAACAAAAGUAA